AUGGACAUCGAUGAGAUGUCAGCGAUUGACCUGUCACAGGCACAACAGGAAGGGUUGCAAAAGCUGCUCCACAUCCUUGGCCCUAAGGGCGUGGAGUACCUCAUCGCCCAGGGCAAAGAAAAGGUUAACAAGCGUAUUCAUAUGCUUGAUGAAUAUAAUAAAGCUCUAGUCGAGCAUGUAAAGGCACAGAUGCCUUCUUCUUCGCCUUCGCCCAUGUCAACUAUGGUGCAAGAAGUGAUCCGCAGACCAAAACCAAUACAAAUGGAAGUCGAUAAGUUCGACGGCAAGGAAGAUGACAACCUUAUGCUUUGUUUCCAACAGGUCGAGUCGGCUAUGUUUAGCCGACACUGUUGUUGA